GCGGGUUUUAGCGGCGCGGCCUGAGGGCGGCGGGAGUCUGUAAUCGCUCUUUUGGCGGUGGCCCACGCGGCUCACACGUUCUGCGGGGAAACAUGGCGGAUGUGGAAGUGUGUACUUUGCCAAAGAAGCAUAAAAAGAAAAAAGAGCCGAAGUCAUUACCAGAAGAAGAUGUUGCAGAAAUACAGCACGUUGGAGAAUUUCUUAUCAAACCUGAAUCCAAAGUAGCUCAGUUGGACACAUCUCAGUGGCCCCUGUUGCUAAAGAACUUUGAUAAGCUAAAUAUAAGGACGACACAUUAUACACCUCUUCCUUGUGGUUCAAAUCCUCUGAAAAGGGAGAUUGGGGAUUAUAUCAGGACAGGUUUCAUUAAUCUUGACAAGCCCUCCAACCCCUCUUCCCAUGAGGUGGUAGCCUGGAUCCGACGAAUACUUCGGGUGGAGAAGACAGGACAUAGUGGUACUCUGGAUCCCAAGGUGACUGGCUGUUUAAUCGUGUGCAUAGAACGAGCCACUCGCUUGGUAAAAUCACAACAGAGUGCAGGCAAAGAGUAUGUGGGAAUUGUCCGGCUGCACAAUGCUAUUGAAGGGGGGACUCAGCUUUCUAGGGCCCUAGAAACUCUAACGGGUGCCUUAUUCCAGCGACCCCCACUUAUUGCUGCAGUAAAGAGGCAACUUCGAGUGCGGACCAUCUACGAGAGCAAAAUGAUUGAGUAUGAUCCUGAAAGAAGAUUAGGAAUCUUUUGGGUGAGUUGUGAGGCCGGCACCUACAUUCGGACGCUGUGUGUACACCUUGGUUUGUUAUUGGGAGUUGGUGGUCAGAUGCAGGAACUUCGGAGGAUUCGUUCUGGAGUCAUGAGUGAAAAGGACCACAUGGUGACAAUGCACGAUGUGCUUGAUGCCCAGUGGCUGUAUGAUAACCACAAGGAUGAGAGUUACCUGCGGCGAGUUGUUUACCCUUUAGAAAAGCUGUUGACAUCUCAUAAACGGCUGGUUAUGAAAGACAGUGCAGUGAAUGCAAUCUGCUACGGGGCAAAGAUCAUGCUUCCAGGUGUUCUCCGAUAUGAGGAUGGCAUUGAAGUCAAUCAGGAGAUCGUGGUGAUCACCACCAAAGGGGAAGCGAUCUGCAUAGCGAUUGCAUUAAUGACCACAGCAGUGAUCUCUACCUGCGACCAUGGGAUAGUAGCCAAGAUCAAGAGAGUGAUCAUGGAAAGAGACACUUACCCUCGGAAGUGGGGUUUAGGUCCAAAGGCAAGUCAGAAGAAGCUGAUGAUCAAGCAGGGCCUUCUGGACAAGCAUGGCAAGCCCACAGACAGUACGCCUGCCACCUGGAUACAGGAAUAUGUUGACUACAGUGAUGUUGUGAAGACAGAGGUAGUUGCUGAAACAGCAAAAGCCUCAAAGCGGAAGCGAGAGAGUGAAAGUGAUGAGACUUCGCCAGGGUCUCCACAGCCAGUCAAGAAGGAAAAGAAGAAGAAGAAGGAUAAGAAGGCCAAAGCUGCUCUGGAGGGUGUGAGCGAGCCGGGAGAUGGGGACAGUGAUACCACCAAAAAGAAGAAGAAGAAGAAGAAAAUAAAAGUGGAAGUAGUUUCUGAGUAGUGGAGAUCACUUUAAAGCACUGUGUCCAGCUGGGAGGAGAAAUUAAAGCCUUAUUGAGAAAACAGUUCCUUUUGUUCUUGAGGGAGUGGAACAUAGGUCCCAUAGGUUCCAGAAAGAGUGGAGAGUUGAGGCCCAUUUUAGCUGCUGAGACUUGAGUGAUAUUAACUGGUGUGGUCGUCCAUCUUGUCCUGUUUUAAGGAUAUGGGUAUAGGAAGCAGACUUGACACUGCCCAGUUCUCUACUUGGGAGAGUUGGGAAGCCUUGCUUUCAGACCCUGCACUGCCCAGUAACCAUGUGCAGCUGUUUUCUGACGGCCGUUUUAACAUCAUCAUCCUUCACUCCUUUGCUUCUGCUACUCCCCCACGCCCCUCUGUUAAAAAGUUUGUAAAAAUUGCACAGUGAAAAGGUGUAGAGCAAGUAAAAUAAUAUAACAACCAUGUUUACUGGGGGGAGGGUUCAAUCUCCAGUGUGCUGUGAGGACAUGGUCUAGUCUGUUGUCAGCUCCACCUUUGUUACUCCAUAUAUCUCCCAGGUAAAGGCUGGCAAGGACUCAUGGUCUUUCAUCUUCUCAGCUAAUUCCAGUCCCUCUGACAUAGCAGUUGUUUGUGCACUUAGUCAAGUGUGUAUGUACAGCCUCAUGUACCUAAAUCCACCUACUUGUGUUUGUGACAGAGCUCAAAAUGUAUUCUCGUUUUUAUUCUCUUAACUUCCAAAAGAUGUAAUCAGCUGUUGCUGGGAGAAGGUUGUAAUUUUUACUUAUUAAAGUUUGCUUACUAUGUU